CAGUCCGAGGGCGGGGCGGAGCUCACAGCCGGGAGGCCCCGAGCGGCGCGGGAUGGCCGGCAGGAGCCAGGACCGGAGCCUGCGGGAGGAGCUGACAUGUGCCAUCUGCUGCGACCUCUUCAGGGAGCCCGUCAUGCUGGACUGCAUGCACCACUUCUGCAAGGCCUGCAUCCAGGGCUACUGGGACAGCGGCACCCGCGUCCCCUCCUGCCCCCAGUGCCGCCGCGAGUUCCCUGGCCGGGCGUUCCGCACCCACUACCUGCUGUCAGGGCUGGUGGAGAAGGUGCGGCGCUGCAGCUCUCAGGAGCACCGGCAAAAGAUGCAGAAGCACCUGGAAGAUGCUUUGCAAGCUCGUCAAAAGGAGAUGGAGAACUUCUUACAGAGGAAGCAUGCGGUGCAGGAAGAUAUCUGUGGCCUGACGAAAGUGUCUGGGGAGCUGAACUUAAAGAUCCAGGCAGAGUUUGCCCGCCUUCAUCAGAUCCUGGAAGAGGAGGAGAGAGCUGUGCUGGCAGAGCUGGGCGAAAAGGAAGAGCAGUCGCUGGCACGGCUGCACGGGGACGUCCUCCGGCUGGAGGAGGGGAUGUCGGUGCUCCAGAGGGACAUGGAGCGCAUAGAGCAGACCCUGGGCAAGAUGGAAGAAGUGUCGUUGCUGGAGGUGGAGAGCCUGGAUAUCAGGCCCUUGGUGCGUGUUGAGACCCAGCCUGCCUUCAACCUGGAGCACUACAGGGACAGCCACAGCGGCCCCUUGCAGUACAUCUUCUGGAGACGGAUGCUGCGGUCCAUCUGUCCCGCUCCUGCCCCACUCACCUUCGACCCUGAGUCAGCCCACCCCAACUUGGUCUUCUCCAGAGACCUGACGGCAGUGACGGAGAGGAAUCGAGCCCAGCCUGUCCCCAGCAGCCCCCGGCGCUUCCUUCAGUGUGUCAACGUCCUGAGCGCGCAGACCUUCAACAGCGGCCGGCACUACUGGGAGGUCUGGGUGGGCAGGAAAACCAAGUGGGACCUGGGGGUGGCCGCUGAGUCUGUGGACCGGGCAGCGAAGGUCAAGCUGUGCCCGGAGAACGGCUACUGGACGCUUCGCCUGCGGAACAGGACGGAGUACUGGGCCACCACCACCCCAUGGGUGCGCCUGACUCCUCGCCGCCCGCCUUGGAAAGUCGGGGUCUUGCUGGACUGCCAGGAGGGCACUGUCACCUUCUUUGAUGCUGGGGACAUGUCCCACCUCUUCACCUUCCACCAGGUCUCUGCAGAGAGAUACUGCCCCUUCUUUAGCACCUGCUUCAGUGACGGGAGGGUCAACGUGGAGCCCAUGCGCCUCUGCCACCUGGCCCUGUGAGGGGUGGGGGAAGCGGGGUGCAUUGGGAUACCUGUCCCUCCCUCAGGGGGCUCCCUGGGUCUGUGCUGGAGGCCAGUUCUGCACAUGUGGACCUGGUGGGUAUUGGAGGGACUGUUCUGGUUUCAGUUUUGGGAGGGAGGAGGGGGAUGAAUCUCUUCCCAGCUCCCAUCUGCCCUCUUUUCUCUGUCCCAUGGGCUGUGGUCCCUGCACUACAUUGCCGGAGGUGCCUGGCACCCCUUGAAGAGCAGCCUUCCACGGCUGAGUAUUGCAUGGUUCCGUGACCACAGUGGAGGUGGCUGUGGGCUCUUUGCACCUCCUGUUCCUCCUUGUUCCCACCCAUACACCCUGUGGAGGAGGACAGCUGACCCGGAGCACCAUCAGGUGCUUCUUGACACUUGACUCUGUCUCCCCACAGUGGGCUUUCUCUGCUCAGAUUGCUUCUUGGGGACAGGCUCUGCGCCCAGGCCAGCGGCAGAGGGAGCUCGGUGCACGGCUUGGGACCCACCGCAGCCCAGGGACUGCAGCGCUGUCUCCCCUAUGCUUAAUCACCAUUAAAGCUCAUUAGAAAGAC